AUGUCUGCCGGCAAGGAAUUCACGUUCAAGGAGGUCGCGGAACACAACACCAAGAAGGACCUCUAUCUUGUUGUCCACGACAAGGUCUACGACUGCUCCUCGUUCGUGGAUGAGCACCCCGGUGGUGAGGAAGUUCUACUUGAUGUCGGUGGCCAGGACAGCACAGAGGCUUUUGAGGAUGUCGGCCACAGUGACGAGGCCCGUGAGAUCCUUGAGGGUCUUCUCGUUGGUUCUCUAAAGCGUCUGCCCGGUGACCCCGCCCCCAAAGUCCACGCCCAGACCUCCAGCGAUUCCUCCUCCUCCAGCUCCAGCUCCGGCUUCGGUAUUGGCCUCUAUGCAAUCCUUCUGAUUGGCGGUGCCGCCGCCUACGGUGCCUUCCAGUACCUCCAGGCUUCCGCCGCUGCCGAGCAGGCUUAG